GCUGGUGUUUGGACAAUGACCAGAAAGAUCUUCACCAACAGCAGGGAACGAUGGAGGCAACAGAACGUCAACAGUGCCUUUGCUAAGCUGCGGAAGCUUAUCCCCACCCAUCCUCCAGACAAGAAACUCAGCAAGAACGAGACCCUCCGCUUAGCCAUGAGGUACAUCAACUUCCUUGUCAAGGUGCUGGGAGACCAAGGCCUGCAGGAGACAGGGGUGAGUCCUCGGGGACGGAUACUAGGACUGUUUCAGCAAAGUCCGAGUUUGGAAAGCAUGGAAGAACUGACGUUCAUUGAAGACUCUGAGGUCCCUUCUCCUAGCACAACCAGCAACGUCCCCGAGUGUUGGUCAGAAGAAUCCUCACCAUGAAGAACC